GCUGAGCCGGAUGUGUGGCGGGAUUGUAUGUGUGUACAUGUGUCAAGAUUUACAGUGUAAUAAAACAUAAUCAAACAGCAGAUUAACGUCUCACACUUUGACACGCAGCGAGUUUGAGGUUUCACCACAAUGGGGUUUUUACUCUCCAAAUCCAUGGACCAGAAUCUGAAGAAACAGCAGGAGUUCAUGCUCCACAAUGCUCGAAUCCAGAUGGAGCGUCAGAUCCUGAUGCAGAAUGAAAUGCGCGAGCGGCAGAUGGCCAUGCAGAUCGCCUGGUCCAGAGAAUUCAUCAAAUACUUUGGAAGCUUCUUUGGCCUGGCAGCAUUCGGCCUCACUGCGGGAGCCAUAAAGAGGAAGAAGCCUGCUCUGUUUGCCCCUGUGAUUCCACUCAGCUUCAUUCUGGUCUAUCAGCUGGACAUGGCAUACGGGACGCUCAUCCACCGCAUGAGAGAUGAAGCCGAGAGCAUCAUGGCGUCUGAAGGAGAUCGUUUGAGUUUGCCUCAUGGAACGCCGACAUUCGAGAGCGUUGAGAAAGCACGAAGAGCCAAAUCUCACCUCCCCCUUCUCUCUGAGAAAUGAGGAACCCUCCACCUGUCUUUUUUUCUGGGUCAGCGUCAACCAAUUAUAAUGAAAGCCCAUCUCUGACCGAUGAAGAUCACUCAAUUACGCCAAUGAAAGAGCUGUCAAAGCGUUACCAAAGCAUUGCCAUACAUUAAUAAAAACUACUGUUUUCAUACUAAUCUGUAUCUGCUGCAUCUGCUGAAUGCUGUCAACAAUAAUCUUGUUUUAAAAAGACUCGGAAUGCAUUUACAGUACAAGCCGAUGAGCAGGUGCUGAAGCAGAGGCAGCGGAUGGAGAUCAGGUUGAAAGACUGGAGUAUUCUUUAAACUCUUUACUCCACAGCAAGCAAGUGUUCAGGUGUCACUAAGACUUGUAAUUACUGUUGAUUAGAAAUGUGUAACCUGGAUGUAAUUUAUGGUUCAUUUUUAUCUCCUAAUUGUGUACAUUUAUCAAUGACUAAUAUGUAGCAAUCAGUGUGUUCAGGCACUUUCCGUCCAUUUUACUUCAUCAGGCAAGCCCCCCAGGGUAAGAUGCCCACAUUUCUGACUUCUCCUCUGGUCAGAGGAUGGUGUUAAACCUAAUUUUGACAAAUUUACUGAAUAACUGUGAUCUGACAUUCUAAAUUCAGUCUGUAUCACUGCAUUCGUUGGAUAUAUUAAAUUAAAAAGAUUUUUUUUUUCUUUUGAUGUGUAAAAUUUAAAGUUAGACCUUUGGCGUAAAUCGUCUCCUCAGACUCAGGGCAAAAGCCCCCUUUAGCAUUUUUCCCCCAGAAAUAUUAUUUCGUUAAAUUUUCAUCAUUAAAACACAAAGUUGUUCACUGGAGUUUCACUGGCUAGCUAGCGUUAGCAUUAUGCACUUACUACAUCGAUCAUUAGCAUCGCUAAAAAGUUUGUCUACAGUUUAUAAAGAUUUUUUAAACUUUUAGUUCUACUUGAGUUUUGCAGCUAAACAUAGAUAAAUACGCAGCCAACGCAUCAUGUGCUGAUCACUUGCACUUCUCCGUUAAAUGUUGUUGCCAUUUUCAUGUUGUUAUAACGUAAUGUAAUAGAUGUCAGCCUAUUAUUAUAAUAACUGAUCAAGGCUAUUUACUUCAGCCUAAAAUAUUUGGUAACACUUCAUGUAAAGGCUACCUAGACUUUAUUACACAUGAAUAAUCAUUGAAUAACAUAUUCAUAAAGCAAUACUUGAGUAUUUAUGAACAGCUGAUGUUAUUAAUCGCAAGAUGACAUAAGAUGUUUUAUGAAGUAAAUGACAUUGUACUGAUGUAAGGGACCUUAAACUCAAGUGAUGGACAGUUUGUUUCAUUUAUAACACUGUUAUAACUGUUCUCCUCAAAUGAUGGAGCUUAUACAGGGCUAUGCAGAGGCCUAAAUAAAAACACUAUUGAUUAUUAUACUAUAAUCAAAUAUAAGUGCAAAAGUGGAUAACUUCAUAAGUAACUACAUAAGUACAUAAUUCAAUACUUAUUUAUGUGUUAUGAAGUCCUUAUGCAGGCUUCAAAUAAAGUGUUACCAGAUAUUCAGUGUUGAACUCCAAGGGAACGACAGUUUUUGUUGAAUGCAAAUGAUUUGAAUGUAAAUUAUGCAUUCUGUAAAAAUCAGAUCACAGCUGAUGGCAGAUUUUCUUCAUGGCGCUUCUUAUCCUGGGCAGAUAUUGAGAUGAGUCAUUGCCCCUUUACAAGAUUUGAAUUUUUGUGCUAUAUAAACAAAACUCCUGUUUCCCCAAACUGUUUACUGGUUUGUUUCAUCAUCCUCUACAUGCUGAAGUCAUAGUUUACUUUAACAGUCAGUGGACCGUGUUCUUAACAUGGGCUACACACAUGUACUCUAUGUGUCCAAAAGUUUGUAGACACCUGCUCGUCCAGCGCUUCCUCGGAAAUGAAGGGUAUUAAUAGUGAGUUUGGCCCCCUUUUGCUGAGGUAGCAGCCUCUAAUCUUCUGGGAAGGCUUUACACUAGAUGUUGAACAUUGCUGUGGGGAUUUUUGAUUGCUGCUUUAGUGAGGUCAAGUACUGAUGUUGGCAGGGGUGUAAAGAGUACUGAAAAUCCCUACUCAAGUACAAGUACUGGUACUGUAGUGAUGAUUUACUCAAGUUCAAGUAUUAGUAAAUAAAAUUACUCCAGUAAGA